UUUAAUGCAAAUUUAGUAUAUAUUAUCCCUAUAAUUGCUUACUUAAAAUUUAUUUUUAAAUUUUUAAAAAUUGUGAUACAUCUUAAAAAGAUGAAUAAUUCUUACGAAGAUUCCGUUAAGACCGGUAUUACUGCAUCUUUAAAGGUGCUACAAUGUUAUAGAUGGCUGCUGGAUUUAUAUGUUCUGGAUUUCUUUGUUGAUAAUCAUUGGAGAAUGUUACCCAGAUCUUGGCAAGACAGCUUUUAUGAUAUUGAUCUUAAAACUCUUGGGCAUAUUUUAAUGGGAGUACCAACAAACCAAAUGCUUCCAUUGUCAUUUCUUGCCCUCUUAAAAACCUUGAAUUUUUUAUGUUUACCUAGGCAGGGUACUUAUAUAAAUGAAGUGUCUUUUGUAUCUGAUAACUCAAAGUUCAGAAAUUUAUUUCUUAAACAUGUUAAGCUCAAGAAGAGACAUGAGAUAAGUUUAAUGGCUAGUGUAGUACACAAUGUAGCCUUAAAAAGUAGUUGUAAUUCAGUCAUUGACUUUGGCUCUGGUCUAGGUCAUCUAGUACGAAUGCUCUCUUAUAAUUAUGGCCUGCAAACUGUUGGAAUUGAAUGCCAAUACAAAUUGACUGACGAUGCUAGAAAGUUGGACUUAGAACUGGAAUACACAGCAAAAAAGUAUUUAGAUGAAGAAAAAGUAAAACAUUUACCAAGGCCUAUACACUGUAAUGAAACCUUGUCCACUGCUGAUCAACUAGAAAAGCUCGCUAUAUCAUCGAGUAUUAGCAAUCAUGGGUUGAUUGGGUUACAUCCUUGUGGGGAUCUUGGGCCGCUGUUAAUCAAAUAUUUUGUGCAAUAUGAUAGUGCAAAAUUCAUAUGCCUUGUUGGUUGUUGUUACAUGAAGUUAAGUGACACAGGUUACCCGAUGAGCCAGUUUGUUAGCAGGCAUGAUAAUAGAUUGUCAUAUCCUGCGAGAGAAAUAGCCUGUCAUGCAAAUGAAGCCUACUUUAACAAGCUUUGCAAGGGUGAUUAUAAUCACUUGAAGGUACACGCAUUUCGUGCGGCCCUAGAGAACAUGUUGAUUGACUACGAUCCGAAGUUGAAGCAUUCUCCGAUCAGAAGUGUCAAACAUACAGACAAUAUGGCAUUUGAAAGUUACUGCGCUAUUGCAUUGGAGCGUCUAUCCUUGCCGCCCGCGGAGUCAUUAAACGCAGCGCGGUACGGCAACCUCGCACAUAUUCACUGGAAGCGAGUGGUCGUCCUCUACACGUUGCGUCUCGCUCUGGCACCGCUCGUUGAAACACUUAUAUUGUUGGAUCGACUUUAUUACAUGAUUGAACAUGGUAUUCACUGCGAGAUACAUGCAGUGUUUGAUCCAAAUAUUUCGCCGAGGAAUCACAUAAUGAUUGGAAAAAAACUGUAGCUUAAAUGUAUAAUAAAAUUGUUUACAAAAAUAUUAUUUUUAUUAUACUUAAUUGUCACUAAAACCACACAUGACAUUUAUUUUGGUGUUAUACAGUUACGACUAAAAUUGGUCAACAUCUGUCAAAAAUUAAACUAAAAUGAUUACAUGAAUUAUACUAUUAUUUAGCACUCAAUCG